AACGAAUCAUAUUCGUUUACAAAAACUAGCAUUUGACCUCAAAUAGAAUUGACCGCACUGAGUAAAUGCUUAUCGUUUUUCCUUUUUUCCCUGAUAAGGCGCGAAUUAAAACUCUUCCUCUCUCUCUCUCUCACUAGAACCCCAAAAAACAAAAAAAGGCCACACUCUCUGUACAGUCAAUCUUUUUCUCUCUUAAAAUUCAAAAGCAGAUAACAAAAACUGUUGAUUGUGAUUUUGAUUUUGAUUUUUAAACUUGAUUUAAUGAAUAUUGAUAUUGACGAUCAAGUAUCGAUCUCCAACAAUCUCAAUCAAAAAGAGGCUGUUCUAUUUGAUGCAAUGGAUGUUGAAAGAGAUGUUGAUGAAAAGGCUGACACAUCUUCCAAGGGUAAAACAAAAGUAGGUGACGAUGUUACUUGGCAACAUCAUCAGGAUAGUGGGCUUAAUGCAAGUGUAGCAGGAUCAGUUGAUAGUAAUGAUCAUCCGAAGAGUUCCACCUCUGGGUCAAUUAGUUUGAAUAAUAUUAACGGUUCCCUUUCUGACUUGUCAUAUCAUGAUGACGAUGAUGUGACUUUUGAUGAUGAUGGUGGUGGUGCUGAUGAUUAUUAUUAUUAUUAUUAUGAUGAUGAUGAUGAGUACCUGUAUGAAGAAGAAGAUUAUUUGGCUUAUCAAUCUCAAUUUGAUAAUGUUGAUCUUCCAGCUGGAGUAGAAGCAUCGCUUCCUUGGCUGAAGGAACCUGCUAAUUCUGGAUUUAACACACCUGGUACAAGCACUUCAACAAUGUCAGAUCCUUCUGAGAGCAAGAGGAAAUCAGUUAUUCUAGAUAUUGCUGAGACAAAAAGGAAGGCAACCGGUUCUGGUCUUUCUGAAAACAAUAGUUCAGCAGCAACUACAGCAAGUAGUUCUAAUGGAGAAGAAAUUGACAACAAAAGAAAAGGGGUCUUGCAUAUAUUAAAGAAUUUUAAACAAUUUGACACUGUAGAAGACUUCUCAGAUCAUCACUAUUGCCGUAUGGAAUCCUCUGACAAGCAGCGCCCUGACCCUAGGGGUUGGGCAAAGAGAAUUCAAGAGGAAUGGAAAAUUCUGGAGAAGGACUUACCAGAUACAAUAUCUGUUAGAGUUUAUGAGUCGCGGAUGGAACUUUUGAGGGCUGUUAUUGUGGGACCUGCUGGUACCCCUUACCAUGAUGGACUUUUUGUCUUUGACUGUCUCUUUCCAUCCACCUAUCCGAAUGCACCCCCGAUGGUGUACUACUAUUCUGGUGGACUUCGAUUGAAUCCAAAUCUGUAUGAAUGUGGGAAAGUUUGCCUUAGCCUUUUGGGGACCUGGAGUGGAAAACAGACUGAGAUGUGGAUUCCAGGGAGAUCAACAAUGCUUCAAGUAUUGGUUUCUAUUCAAGCUCUAAUUCUCAAUGCUAAACCCUUUUUCAAUGAGCCUGGGUAUGAAACAAGUUAUGCUGGUGAAAGUGGAGAUAAAGAAUCCAGGAAGUACAAUGAGGAUGUGUUUAUCUUAUCCUUGAAGACAAUGAUGUACACUCUUCGAAGGCCACCUAAGUAUUUUGAAGACUUUGUCAUUUGCCAUUUUUACAUCCGUGCACAUGAUAUUCUGGUAGCAUGUAAAGCUUACUUGGAUGGUGCUACAGUGGGUACUGUUGCAGUUAAAGAUGGCAUAGCUGAAAUUAAUAAAGCAGAAAUGAAAGCCUCUAGUGAAUUUAGAGUAACUUUGGAAAAAACAUUUAAUGCUCUUAUUACCAACUUCACUAAAUUUGGGUCAAUAGAUUGCGGGAAGUUUCAGAGUAAAGAAGCUGACGGCAGAUUAAGGAGGGUUUAGUAGCAUCGCAUAGCCAGUUGUAAGUACGAUUUGAGUGGUAUCAAGUUUUGUUAUCCAAUUUUGACAGAUCUGGCUUGACCAUUGCCCGCUCAAGACUACUUUUUAUCUUUGGGGGAUUCUAGGCAGAUGUCAAUAUGUAGGGAAAACUGACAUGGUGAAGGGAUGACAAGAUCUGCUGGAUUUAAUUUAUUUUGCACAUAUCUGAUUAAAAUGGAUAUUUUUUUUUCCAUAUAUUAGAAAAGCAUUAUGCUUUUUCUCUA